AUGGCCUCUCACACACCUCAAUACGGUCAGCAGCAAUCGACAAAUGCCGACUAUCAUGGCCUCCAACAACAGGACCCUACCUUGUCAGACCCUAUUGCGCCGACUCCUGGAAUGACCUCUUCCCCAGCAUCCCCUCCCCUUCCUCGACGUGUAACCUUUUUCCAGAGAACAGGAAGGAAUGGGUCGCAAGCAGGCAUUGGGCUGGGUAUAAAUCAACAAGGCGGGACAACAGACUACGGCCGAGUUCGACAAGCCUCCCCUUUGGGCAGUCCCCCAUAUGAUGAGACCAAAACAGCCCAUGGUCUUCACCAAAACGAGUAUUACGCCGGAAUACCCGAAACGCCCGGCUUCUAUUCUCAAUAUCAGAACAGAGACCUGUCCCCGGAUGGCCCAGAAAAGCCACCGCUACGACCACCACGUUGCUCAUGGAGCUGGCUCAACGCACCAUGGGUGAUGUAUGCCGCCUUGUUUCUUGGCAUCGUCUUUGCAGGCUCCCAUCAUGCCUUCUACGUCAGCUUGAACGGGAAGCCAGCGGAUGACCAGUUGAAGAUGAUGAGGUUCGGCGGCUUCCUUUCGUAUGCCUCUAAAGCAUCCCUCUUCGCUGCCGUUUUCUUUGCGUACCGGCAACAGGUCUGGGUAACAGUGAGAAGGCGCCAUUUGAGGCUCAAGACUGUCGACGGAAUCUUCGCCAUCAGCCAAGACUUGACAGGCUUGUUCAACACCGAGAUCUGGAGGAAAAGCAAGGUGGUGAUUUUCCUUGCCGUUAUUAUGUGGCUGUUUCCCCUCGUCGUCAUCUUGACUCCUUCCUCUCUCACUGUCGAGCUUCGAGAAGAAGCAAAGCAGGCCGAGUGUAGCACUGUGCGGACACUCAAUUUCGACGCCGAACGCAAAAAGAACUGGCGGCUGGCUGAUCGACUCUAUGGCUACCCCGGUUUCUCGCUCUCGCUUUGGAAUUGCACAGUGACCAACUCGUCGGAGGUCUUCGAGCCCUACAACCAGACUUUCUACGACUACUGGGAUGGCAUUAGCCAGCCUGCUGAUUUGGUGACAAAGCAAACCGCCUACUCCGGAAAUGUCGUGCCUCGAGAAAAUGUGGCUCUUGACACUUGCGGAAGGGGGUGGAAUUGCAGCUAUGUUAUCACCUUUGAGGCACCAGGUUACAAGUGUGAUGAACUAGGUCGAGGCCUGAAUAUGGAUAACAAAGCCCUUCGAGAUCGAGGAGCACCUUUUGAUUCCUCUGAUCUGAUCCCAAAAGGAGAUUAUGCCUACAUUGCCGAUGUUAUGGCUGGCGAAUACGCCAGACCGCAGGUUGACACACUGGAAGGGGGCGUGCCCGUUAAGAAGCCAUUUCCGAGACAUUUGGGUGCCCUCCGCACAGAGCCUGUCCUUUGGAUAGGACACUCGGUUCGCACAAGGCCAAACGACGCUCUGCCGCCAUCCAAAAAGGACAACGCUGAUUUCCAGUCCGGGUACGAACCAGUCAUAUUUCGAUGUGAACACUACGUAACCCGGUAUACUGUUCAGUUUAAUCAUACUUUCUCCUCCCAGUCGACUAAAGUCAUCCAAAAAGAGCACUUGAAGCCCAUCAUCGAUACCAAACUGGAGACUGCUAACAGCACUCUUUCGGAUGGCACCAAUGAUACUACGACUGCCCAGCCAAAGAACAAUUAUAUUCUUCCCUAUCCGGACUACGAGCUCUACCGGCUAUCAGCCGCGUACCAUUCCCUAGGUCUGGGUUUUCGGCAGUUUCUAAAAGGCAGGAUUCAUUACAUCCCGUUCCCGAAUCCGACCACAGAUGCUACCCAGACUCGGCUCAUCGACAAGGCUACUUUUCUCGCCGUUCCGAACCUCAUGGACGCUGUUCAGGAGUUUUAUGAGAACAUCACUCUCUCGCUGCUCUCCAACCCGCAAUUCAUGAUAGUAUCAUGGGCUGCGGAACCCCAGACCCGCUCCGGCGUGACAGCUUCCGAAUCACCUGAAGACGACACCAGUCCGAAAUACCCCUGCGUGAAAACCCGCAUCGCAAACUCGUACCUGUAUGUCCAGCGCGAUCUGUGGAUAGCCUAUUCAAUUGGCAUCUUGGCUACCAUCAUCUGCGUCGGCUUGGGAACCGCGGCCCUGGCGCAGAACAACUACCAUGUCAGGGAUGUCAAAGUCUCCUCUGUUAUAGCAGCGACCAGAGCCCCUUGCCUGGAGGAACUGCCGUGGAAGACAAGCAAAUGGGGCGAGGUGCCGUGGGAGAUCAAGGAGACCAGGCUGGGGUAUGGGGUUAUCUCUGAUCGGGAGAGCGUCGGCACGCCACGGAUUGGGACAGGGUUGUCGAACAGGCCAACUACGGCCAAUUCGACCGGGGCCUCAACUGUUGGGAAUGGGAGGGUGUAUUAUGGGUUUGCGCCGCCAGAGGUGCUUGAGAGGACAAGAAGAGAAACGUUUGGCCCUGAAAGGGGGAGGCCGAAGAGUAGCCCAUUUUCGUUCAAGAUUUGGGAGCAUUCUUAGUUGCUGGUUUGCUUUCUUUCUGUUUUCCAUUUUUUAUCAGGGUUGAUCAUAGCGAGGUUGCAUCAUGGAAGGGAGGUGCUGAUUAAUGGUUGGAGGAAUCGACAAGUUGACGGUGCUG